UUGGAUAAACUUCAGGCAAAGCACUGGAUUACCCCAACCUGCUUUAGUUAAAAGUCGGAAUAAAUUUGAAUAACUUUGCUGAGGUAUCGCAUUGAAAUAUGAACAUGUCCAGUGGUCUUUGUGAUGGAUUAUGGUGGACUUUCCCCCUUUUUUUUUGUGAUGAUGUAGUUUGACGCGAAACUCAAACACAAAUCUGGCGCUACCUUUUGUGAGUUACUGCCACUUCGUGCUGUGGUUGUCAACGGCAACAACUUCGACGUCCUCAUUUGCAUGUAUCAAAGGCUGCCGCGUAAUCUUAAAUUAUUGACUCAUUUCUCAGUUCGAUCCCCUUUUAAGUGCGACACGCCUUUGAAUCCCAUAUUCAUAAUCAGCUUCCCACAUGAGCGAUUGGUCUUCUCUCAUUCUCCCAAACACCCAAUCAGCCUGGCGGUUGUCCCUCAUCCCGUUCGUCCCUCAGUCCAACCACCAGGCCGGUCGGAGUCUAAUCCCAGCAGAGCUAAUCUUCCGCUGAGCAGGGGAUUGCGCGACCGAAUUGGUGGCGUUCCUCACACCCGCCGGCCGCAACAUGCUCGACUGACUGGGUAGUGGAAGUCGGUCGGUGUCGACGGAAGAUGGCUUUCCGCCGAUCGGCGUCCUCGACGUGGAGAGAGUCACGGGGGAACGGACGGGGCUUCAACCCGGUGGCCACGGCGCUCAGCGAGUCCUCGUCCAUCCACAGCGACGCCCUGUACCACCUGACCAGGGACGCGGAGCCCCCGUCCUACAGCAUCCCAGAAGCAGAAUCCGACAGAGGGGAUGAUUGGAAUCAGGAGGCUCAAAGUCUUCUCAAGGUUGUCAGUCCUUCGUCCAGCCCCCACGACCGCAACGAAGGCCUCCGCUUCUCCGACGCCCGACGGAAAGUCGACUAUGUCCUGGUCUUCCACCAGCGAAGGCACGCCUCCGUCCGGACCCCCGCCAGCACGUCGGUUUCCCACGACCGGCUGUCCAUCGUUUCCAACGGCAACUUCCCCCCGUCCCGGGGCUCGGACGGCAAAGGGGGAGGGGAGGCCGCCAGCAUCGGCGAGGUGUUCGUGGAGCUCGACAGCGCGGGGGGGAACGACGCGGCGGAGCCCGCCGACCACGAGAUGCAGCUCAUCCGACAGGAGUUCGAGGCCAACCUGCUGGAGGCCGGUCUGGAGAUAGAAAGAGACAGAGAGGUGAAGGCCCACGGUCUGAGCUUCACCCGCCUCCAUGCACCCUGGCCGGUGCUGUGCCGGGAGGCGGAGUUUCUCAAAAUCAAAGUCCCAACCAAGACCCGCUAUGAAAUCAAAGAGGAAAGCGCGUUCAGUAGCAGCAUGAGCGGCGUGUGGAGGAAGCUGAAGCAGCCCUUCCAGCCCAAAGUGUGCCCUCAGGACCACGGACCCACCAAGUUCCUCACACACUGCUUCUCUCGGGAAAAGCUCCACCUGUACAACAUCACUUCGAAGGACACGUUUUUUGACAACGCCACGAGAGGCCGCAUCGUCUACGAGAUCUUGAGGAGGACCGUUUGUGCACGGACCUGCCAGACCAUCGGCGUCACCACGUUGAUCGCAAAAGGUGUCUACGACGCCGCCUUCCCGCUUCACGACGGGGAUUACAAUGCCACCGGUCACCCCGAGGAGAGGAAUGACCGACAGGUGCUACACGAAGAGUGGGCCAGAUACUCGGCCUUCUACAAGUACCAGCCUGUCGAUUUGGUCAGGAAGUACUUCGGAGAGAAGAUCGGCCUGUAUUUUGCGUGGCUCGGCGUUUACACUCAGCUACUAGUUCCCGCCUCCAUCGUGGGAAUAAUCGUGUUUGGCUACGGGGUCGCGACAGUGGACACAAACAUACCCAGCCUGGAGAUGUGUGACGAGCGUCUCAAUUUCACCAUGUGUCCUCUAUGUGACGGAGCCUGCGACUUCUGGCAGCUGAGCACGGCCUGCGGCACGGCCAGAGCCUCGCACCUGUUCGACAACCCCGCCACCGUCUUCUUCGCCAUCUUCAUGUCCCUUUGGGCGGUGUUGUUCCUGGAGCACUGGAAGCGUCGCCAAAUCAGUUUAAGCUUCAGUUGGGAUUUGACCGGCAUCGAGGACGACGAGGAACACCCGAGACCAAAAUACGAAACCAUCCUUCUCCAGAAGAGACAGCGGAAGCAGAAAAACAAGAAGAAGAAGAAAAAGGAUCCGCCGGUGAAGCGGGAGGAUGGGACAGUGACAGAGAAGAACAGACGGAUGAGAAAACUACUUUUGGCCAUGGCUGCAGGAACACCGGUUGCUAUUGAGAAGUUAACUUGGAAAGACCGCCUUCCCGGAUACUGCAUCAAUGUUUCCUCCAUUCUUUUUAUGUUCGGUCUGACCUUCUCGGCCGUUUUCGGCGUCAUCGUCUACCGCAUCACGGUGUCCGCGCUGAUGGCCAUGAGCCCCGACCCGGAGACGAAGUCCAACGUGCGUGUGACUGUGACGGCCACGGCGGUCAUCAUCAACCUGGUGGUUAUUCUCAUCCUGGACGAGAUCUAUGGCGCCGUGGCGGUGUGGCUGACCGAACUAGAGAUUCCUAAAACGGAGACCAACUUUGAGGAGCGUCUCAUCCUCAAAGCGUUUUUGCUCAAGUUCAUGAACGCGUACGCGCCCAUUUUUUACGUGGCUUUCUUCAAGGGACGGUUUGCAGGUCGACCGGGAAGUUACGUGUAUGUCUUUAAUGACUAUCGAAUGGAAGAGUGUGCGCCAGGAGGCUGCCUCAUUGAGCUGUGCAUCCAGCUCAGCAUCAUCAUGCUCGGCAAGCAGCUCAUCCAGAACAACAUCUUUGAGAUCGGCAUCCCGAAGUUGAAGAAACUGGUCCGCACGCUGAAGGAUAAAGGAGGCGCCGAGAAGAAGGAGGAGGAGGAGCGACCUCCGCAGCAGUGGAACCUGGACUAUGCCCUCGCUCCCUUCGAAGGCCUCACACCCGAAUACAUGGAAAUGAUUAUCCAGUUUGGAUUCGUCUCGCUGUUCGUGGCCUCCUUCCCCCUCGCUCCGCUUUUCGCCCUCCUGAACAACGUGAUCGAGAUCCGUCUGGACGCCAAGAAGUUUGUCACCGAGCUCCGCCGGCCGGUCGCUGCCCGCGCCAAAGACAUCGGUAUAUGGUACAACAUACUGAGUGGCAUGGGCAAAUUCUCAGUCAUCAUAAAUGCCUUUGUGAUCUCCUUCACGUCGGAUUUCAUCCCUCGCCUCGUCUACCAGUACAUGUACAGCCAGUCGGGGACCAUGCACGGCUUCAUCGACCACACGCUCUCCUACUUCAACGUCUCCAACUUCAAACCGGGCACAGCGCCGCAGAAUUCCCACCAUGCGGAUGUCGCCGUUUGCAGGUAUAAAGACUACCGAGAACCACCCUGGUCUCCAGAUGCGUACCACUUCUCCAAGCAGUACUGGUGCGUCCUCGCAGCAAGACUGGCCUUCGUCAUACUCUUUCAGAACCUGGUGAUGUUCCUCAGCCUGGUGGUCGCCUGGGUGAUACCGGACAUUCCCAAAACCAUCGUGGAGCAGCUGAAGCGGGAGAAGAAGCUGCUGGUGGACCUUUUCCUACGGGAGGAGAAGGACAAAUUUCAGCUCAUCCAGAGCCUCUUCGCCAAGGACGCCCCGGUGCCCCCGGGCAGCCACGUCCUGCACCCGGGUCAGGGCUUCCCCCUCCCGGGCCGCUACAGCACGCUGCCCCAGUGUCCGAACCGGGCGGCGACCGGAGACGACCGAGGAGGAGGGCCGCCCGGGGCGAGGUGCAGGGCUGCCAGUUUCAGCCUGUACACGAGAAAAGUUCCGCCGUCACCCAGAAAUGAAAAUUCCCGACACACAGCUGUGUGACAUGUGACGCAUCCCCCGGGGUGCGUGGGCCUCUCCGAGGGAACAUCUCUUCCUCAAACUGCCAUUUUGAUGUGCCGGCGUGAAAGAGGUGUGCCGAAAUGGAUUCGCUCACGGACGGCUUCACUUCAAAUGUGUCUUUGAUGUUCCUGCUUGCGCUGACUGUUCUCCUGACCGAGUGUUUUUACUUCGAAGCGGAGCUAAUGGCUUCUUUGCGUAGACAAGCAAUAAUACUGUGUUAGGCUGAAGAGUAUUUUAAAAAAAGUUUGUAGAUUAAAAAAAAAAUCUUGAUAGAUUCAGUACUGAACACUUCAAAACUUUUAAUAUAUGGACAUUUAGUGGUACAGAAUUAUGUUCAAAUGUAUUCUUUUUGGACCCUUGGGGGCUUUACAGUCGGUACCUUUUAGUUUGACUCUUUUUGGAAUGUAAUACUCUUUUUUUUUUGGGGGGGGGAGCGAUCAAUCAAUGAAUGAAUGGAUUUUGUGUGUCAGACUUGUGCAACUUUUGGAAUGUUUCUGCUUCAUGUGCUUAAUUAUGACUGAACUCGUAGCAAACAACACAACGACCAAUUCCGGUGGACCUGCGAGUGUUGUUAGUGAAUGCACUUAAAAGCUUCAUGGAAGUGCAAAUUGUUUCCACGGCAAUCUGUGUUUACAUUGACUCAUCUCAAGUGAUGGUUUCCUUUAUUUCUUUGCCACUCAUUGUUUUUCCGGCCCUCUAUUUUUUUUUUUUUUUUUUACAUUAUCCGAUACAUGCCCGUUUGCUAGAGUGACGUACUCAAAACUUCCCGUUUUAGAGGACAACUGAUGUGUGAAUAUUUGUUGCAGCACUGAAAUUGAGCACGGGGGACUCAUUUUUAAUCUUUUGCAGAUCCAUUGAGAAAUACUCAUCGUCGGUGCAUUAGACUGUUUUCAUAAUUUCAAGUAACUGAGGUUCUUCACUGUUUUGUUCCAAUGUGAAGUCAUAACUGCUCUCAUGAUGACAUGCCGCAAAAUGCAAUUUGUGUUUCAGAGGCCUUGUACUUGCUCUUAUUUUGCCCUGACGAUACACAGUAUCUGUGCUCACGAGCAGCAACAGACUCUUCAAUUUUUUAAAAGUAUUUUAGGUUGAUUUAGAACAAGCAAAUUGUGACCGUGGUACAUAUUUAAGACGAUGUAGACAUACAUGAUUACAUCAUUGUUCAUGUUUUACAAGAUAAUCUGAACAUUC